AUGCCUUUAUCUAUAUAUAAUGCUUUGAGGCUCCCUCCCUUAAAAAGGUCGGCAGCUCGUUUUGUUUUAGCAUAUAAAAGCAUUAUUACAGUGGUUGGAAUUGCUGAGGACGUGCUGGUGAGCAUUAAAGGGCUCACAUUUCCCAUUGACUUCUACAUCUUGAAGAUGCCCCAAAAUGACUCAGGAAGAUCGCCAUCCAUCUUGCUCGGAAGACCAUUCCUGAAGACCUCAAAGUUCAAUUUGGAUGCAUUAUCAGGAACUUAUUCUUUUGAGAUAGACGGCCAAGCAGUAACCUUCAAUCUGAAUGAGGCUAUGAAGCAUCCUCUAGAAGACCAUUCCAUCUUCCAGUGCGAAAUCAUUGAUGAGACCGUAGCUGCAGUUCACCAAAAAGAAGUAGAAGAGAUGCACAUGGAGCACGGUCCAAGUGUGGGGAAACCCUCUGAACACAAUGAGGACACUUUUCCAUCAUCACUAGCUCCAGAAGAUCGAGCACCCAGUCAGGAGCAGAGAUUGGAGUUAAAACCACUUCCACCCCACCUCAAGUAUGCUUACCUUGAGGAUAAUCAGAAGCUCCCAGUUAUCAUUACAAAGGAACUCACAUCCCAACAGGAGGAGCACUUGCUUAGUGUGCUGAGAAGACACAAGAAAGCAAUCGGGAGAUUAACAGGCCUACUGAAGAAAUAUGGCAUCCUUCACAAGAUAGCAACAGCUUACCAUCCCCAGACCAAUGGGAAAGCCGAGGUGUCUAAUAGAGAGAUAAAGCACAUAUUGCAGAAGAUGGUCAAGCCUUAUCGAAAGGACUGGAGCACCAGACUUGUUCAUGCACUCUGGGCUUACCGGACAGCAUACAAGACACCCAUAAGAAUGAGUCCAUUCUAUCUGGUCUAUGGCAAAGCCUGUCACCUUCCAGUGAAGGUAGAGCACAAAGCUUUCUGGGCAGUACGAGAAUGGAACAUGGGAUUUGAGAAAGCCAGAGGUGAAAGGUAG